AUUUACAAGCUGGCGAAAACACCGGCGGGUCUCAGUCGAUUCCUCCGAUAGAAGCAGAAGCUCAAUCACUGCAUAUAAAUGUCUCACUGUUACCUGAUCACUCUGGAUAAGAAACUUCAGCUGCUUCCUCACAACUCAGGACCAUAAUCUUCAGCUUCAUUCGACUGAUAUUCACAUCUUCUGACAUCGAUUUCCUCUGAGGCCCAUUCUCUCAUGGCGAUAAACACUGACAUCGAGGACUGGGCCGGGCUCGGCAGCAGUGACUCUGGAGAACGAGCGUGGCUCCUGCAGAGCCCCAGCGUGGACUCGGCCCGUCACCCUGAGGCAGAGGAGAGGAGGCGAGGCGUGUCACCCGUGGGAGCCGUCUUCAUCGUGGUGAACGCAGCACUGGGAGCAGGUCUGCUCAACUUCCCCGCAGCCUUCAGCAUGGCCGGAGGAGUAACUGCAGGAGUGAUGCUUCAGAUGUUUAUGCUGAUCUUCAUCAUCACUGGGCUUGUAAUCCUCGCCUACUGCUCCUUGGUCAGUAACGAAGCCACCUAUCAGGAAGUUGUUCGAGCCACUUGUGGGAAAGUUACGGGUGUCUUGUGUGACGUAGCCAUUGCUGUCUACACGUUUGGAACAUGCAUUGCGUUCUUCAUCGUCAUCGGAGACCAGCUGGAUCGCUUGAUCGCUGCCGUGGCUCAUGACUCUGACGGCGACUCCGGCGGUCCCUGGUACACGGACCGAAAGUUCACCAUCGUCGUCACUGCAGUCCUGGUCAUUCUUCCUCUGUCCAUCCCCAAAGAGAUCGGUUUUCAGAAGUAUGCCAGCGCUCUGAGUGUGAUGGGAACCUUUUACGUCACUGUUGUGGUCAUUGUCAAGUACAUCUGGCCAAGCAAAAACAUGUCUCCAGAUUAUGUUCUAAGCAGCUCUGCUUCCUGGACUGCGGUUUUCAACGCAAUGCCCACCAUAUGCUUUGGUUUCCAGUGCCAUGUCAGCUGUGUGCCGGUGUUCAACAGCAUGAGGAGGAAAGAGAUCAAGCCGUGGGGAUUUGUAGUCACACUCAGCAUGAUAAUCUGUCUUUUUGUUUACACGGGGACAGGCGUCUGCGGUUACCUGACUUUUGGCUCCAGUGUGAGUCAGGAUGUGCUGAUGUCGUACCCUUCUGAUGACGUCGCCGUGGCCAUCGCAAGAGCUUUCAUUGUCGUCUGCGUGGUCACCUCGUACCCCAUUUUACACUUCUGCGGCAGAGCCGUCGUGGAGGGACUUUGGCUGCGUUUCCGAGGCGAGCAGGUGGAGGUGUGCGUGCGGCGUGAGCGCAGGAGGAGGAUCAUGCAGACGGUGGUGUGGUUCGUCGUCACCCUCGUCCUCGCGCUCUUCACCCCCGACAUCGGGCGUGUGAUCUCGCUGAUCGGAGGGCUGGCAGCCUGCUUCAUCUUCGUCUUCCCAGGUUUGUGUCUGAUGCAAGCCAAACUCUCCGAGACAGACGUCCGAAGUGCAAGUUGGCAUGGAUUGGUGGUCUACAGUGUCGCCAUGGUUACCCUUGGUGCUUUCAUCUUCGGCCUCACCACAUCAAACUCCAUCUAUAAGGAUGUGGUCAACUAAGAGGGGCUCCGGUGGCGGGGUCAGAACGGUUCUGCUGCUCGGGUCGGCGGAUGAGGAGAAGCAUCUCAUCGUCAUGAACCAGGAAGAAACCACAGAACGCUGGAUUCCAGACUUCACUUCCUGUUUUUAGUUGUUUUAAAACGGUUCCAGAGGAAAACAGGCGGGCUUCUCCCGUUCCUGGAAGCAGAGGAUCAUUCCCGUCUGCGUCGUUAAAGGACUUUGUGUACAAAGGUCUUAAUCAAAUUGAUUUAAUUAUACAAUU